CACCUCCACAUUGAGCACUCUCUCUCUCUCUCUCUCUCUCUCUCUCUCUCUAUUAGUAUCUAAAGGGUGAUUUUUUCUACCAUCUUUGUUCUUUCAUGGCGGACGAGAUUGAAAUUCCUCAGUACUUCAUCUGCCCCAUAUCCUUGCAGAUCAUGAAAGACCCAGUAACAGCGGUCACCGGAAUCACAUACGACCGAGAGAGCAUCGAACAAUGGUUGUCGUCGGGGAAAAACACGACAUGUCCGGUCACAAAGCAGCCACUUCCUUUAGACUCUUCUCUAACUCCAAACCAUACUCUCCGGCGACUAAUCCAGGCCUGGUGCACCACCAAAGGCGUCGAUCGGAUCCCAACCCCGAAAUCUCCUCUCAACAAGACCCAUAUCCUUAAACUGGUUCAAGAUCUCUGGGUUCCUCGGCUACAAUUGAAGACAUUGAAGAAGUUAGAGUCUUUAGCUUCUGAGAAAGAAAGCCAUAGGACACAAAUGGUAGAAGCUGGCGUCGGCAAGGCUAUGGUUUCAUUGAUCGUAAGGGGCUUCAGGGAAGUUAGAGGAGAUAGUCUAGAGGUUUAUUCUGCUAUGAAUCUUCUUCAUUGUUUGCGGAUCUCUAACGAAGAAGCGAAGCUACUUCUCAUUGAAUACUAUGAUUUCAUGGAUUCAAUCAUGUGGGUUUUAGAGCAAGAGAUGGAAAAUCAUGUAACUUUGAAGACAAAUGUAGUUCUAGUCUUGAAAUCUUUCAUUCAAGCUGCAAGUAAGAGUCAAUUGGAGAGGUUAAGACCAGAUUUCUUUCAAGGUCUGAUUAGGGUUUUGAAAGAUCGGAUCUCUCACCAGGCUACUAAGGCCACUUUACAUAUCUUACUAGAGACAUGUCCAUGGGGAAGAAAUAGAAUAAAGAUCAUUGAAGCCGGCGCGGUAACGGAGCUAAUAGAGUUGGAGCUUACGAUGCCGGAGAAGAAGACUACAGAGAUGAUAUUGGGUGUAUUGGAUUAUCUAUGUACAUGUGCAGAUGGGAGAGCUCAAUUGCUAGGUCACGCCGCCGGAAUCGCGGUGGUAUCGAAGAGGAUACUAAGAGUAUCGCCGGCAGCUAAUGAAUCGGCGGUGCAUAUUCUUGCAUCAAUUUCCAAGUUCUCUGCUACUAAUGAGGUUCUCAAAGAGAUGUUGAGAGUAGGAGCUGUGUCAAAGCUUUGCAUGGCUUUACAGGCUGAGUGUGGAGGGAACGUGAAGGAGAAGGCAAGAUGGGUCCUUAGGUUGCAUUCUAAUGCUUGGAGCACUUCUCCUUGCAUUCAGGUUUAUCUCUUAACAAGGGAUCCUAGGUAAUUAUUAUGAAACACAAGUAUACAAACAGUCACUGAAAGUAAGAUGAAGCAAAACAGUUUUUUUUUUUUCCUUGAAGAUUUUGUGAGAAAUUGUAUUUUCAUGUACAUAGAUUGAAAAUACACACACGGCAUCAUGUUUAGAAUUAUGUAUUUUCUUUUAAUUUAUUUUUACCUUAUUCCCCAACUUGGAGGG